ACAAAUACUAAUAAGCAAUGACACCUUAAGCCCCUAACCACCCAUCCACUACUCUUAUAUAUAGCUACUCAUUUCCCUCAAGUUCUGUUCUAACCAAACCCUCUCUCUCUCUCUCUCUCUCUCUCACACGCACAAUAUGGCUACUAAAUCAAUGAAAUUUAUGCCAUUUCUCUUCUUUCUUUUCAAUUUGUGUAUCCAUGGCACUUACGGCAGACACCACAGUAGAGCCUAUGGUAGAGGUUAUGACACCUACGGUGGCUGGGAAAGUGCCCAUGCAACAUUCUAUGGUGGUGAUGAUGCUACUGGUACAAUGGGAGGUGCAUGUGGGUAUGGAAACUUGUACAGCCAGGGUUAUGGGACAAGCACUGCAGCUCUAAGCACUGCACUCUACAAGAAUGGUCUGAGCUGCGGAGCAUGUUACGAGUUGAGGUGCAAUGACGACCCCAAAUGGUGCCGCACCGGUACCAUCACCGUAACAGCCACAAACUUCUGUCCGCCUAACUAUGCAUUGCCUAAUGACAAUGGAGGGUGGUGCAAUCCCCCUCGCCACCACUUUGAUUUGGCAGAGCCUGCUUUCUUGCAAAUAGCAGAGUAUCGCGCUGGUAUUGUUCCUGUUGCCUACAGAAGGGUACCAUGUCUGAAGAAAGGAGGAAUAAGGUUCACCAUCAAUGGCCACUCUUACUUCAAUUUGGUGUUGAUAACAAACGUUGGUGGUGCCGGGGAUGUACAGACAGCGGCAAUCAAGGGCUCUAGGACAGGAUGGGAAGUGAUGUCGAGAAAUUGGGGCCAGAAUUGGCAGAGCAACUCACACCUCGAUGGCCAAAGUCUAUCUAUCCGAGUCACAACCAGCGAUGGCAGAACCAUUACCAACUACAACAUCGUCCCAGCAGGUUGGCAAUUUGGACAGACCUUUGAAGGAGAUCAAUUCUAGGAGACUUCUCAUUGUAAUAUUGAUGAUGAGUGUGUCCUAUAUAUAUAUAUAAGCUGUAGAUUCAUGGCCCAACUUGGUUUGAAAGCCAAUUGUUAGCUGAAAUAUAUAAUAAGCCAUAUAUAUAUACAUCGACUGUGGCUAAAUAUACAUAUAUACAUAUAUAUUCAUGAUUGUAUUGGAAAGUUUUGAUAAAUCAAAUCCUCGAGGUGGUAAUCACACAAAAACAAUGA